AUGCCUCUUUCUGCAAUGCAGAACUGGAGUAUUGGGACUAUAAGAUCCAAACGAGACCUUCCACCAGCUCAUUUUGCUUUGAAAAUACAAGGCUACUCCUUACUAGCAAAGACAGAAGCUGAAAAGUAUUAUUCUGGUGUUUUUGAAGCUGGAGGACACAAAUGGAAAUUAAACCAUCCGAAUGGGGACCCUGAGCUUCAGGCUUUGGGCAAAGCAGUAUCGCUGUACUUAUAUUUGGACGACUGGAAGAGCCUUCCACCUAAGAGAGCAAUAUUGCAAAAUACAAGCUCCGGAUAUUGGAUCAAGUACUCAUUGGUUCUCUUCCUUAGCCAAGAAAACGGGUUAUGGACUUAUGGCUAUGCAAACUUUCUGACGUUGGAGAAAGUUCAUGAAGAGUCUAAUGGAUUCAUUAAGGAUGAUACUUUAAAUGUUGAAGUUGAAUUUCUCACGAUCUCUGUUAGCAAGGUUUAUUCAUGGGAGAUAACUUCAGUAGCCAAACACGGCCAUAUCUGA